AUGUGGGGUCUGAAACACAAUCCGAAGCUUGAUAUUUUUAUUCUACUCAAACAAUUCAAAUUGGGUAACAUUCUGGGUAUAACGCCAGUUUUCUUCGAUACGAACUGCAAGAAAAGGAUAAUGAUAUCAAAAGUUUAUCCGGUUGUGCUAACCACAGUUUUCAUGACGUCAUGUGUCGUUACUGUUACAGAAAGAAGGGAGCAUUUAUAUAGAAAGCAAAAAAUCACUGAAACGAUCAUCGAUAUAGGCCAGUGUGCUUCGCAAACCAUUUUCGUCACGGUGUGUUUAUUGGGAGCACUAACUAAGAGCAACAAUUGGAAACUGUUAUUCAUUCGUAUAAGAGAAAUAGAAAGCAAGCUGAACCACACUGAUUUCGAAGUGAAGAAAAGUUUAUUGUUAAACAACAUCAACAUGAUCAUUUAUCAUGCCAUGUUCUUGUUGUUACACAUAUAUGAGUCUUACGAUUGGAUAACUACUGGUCGUCCCUCCGCAAUAUACACCUACAUUAUCUGCAGGAUCGGUCUGUACUAUCAACUGUUCGAGCUGAUCUUCAUUUGCAAGAUUACAAGGAUGCUGAGAAGGAGAUAUGAUUAUUUGCUGGGGAUUCUCAAUGAGACCAUUAUUGGAAACACUUUGUCAUGUUUGACUCGAACUAGGUUGAAUUGGAAUCUGAACGAUAUUUUCGGUUUGUACAAGAUAUUGUACAGCAUUGUGCAGCAAUUCAACGCUAUCUUUGGAUGGCAGAUUUUUUUUAUCUUACAGUGUACUGUACUAGAAGUUUUGAACAGUAUAAAUAGUGUCCUCAGCCACGCUCAGACUGGCGAGUUGGAUAUAAGUGCAUUAGUUACCAACCUGGUUUGUUCCAUGGUUUAUAUUGUUUCUACAGUUGUGAUUGUAAUGUCCUGUGACGGAGUGGAGCAGAGCGGGAAGCAAAUUGGCAAAAUCUGCUUUCUGCAUCAAGAACCACUAGACAAGUCUUCCCUUAAAGAAGAGUUGGUUCUGUUUACUAAAAUCACAAAAGAACUGGCACCUACUUUUUCAGCAGCUGGAUUCUUUACAAUAAAUCAAUCAGUGUUACCAACACUUUUUUCUACUGUUAGCACAUAUCUAAUUAUUAUUAUACAAUUUAAUAUGACACUGUAA